UGAAAUUAACUUAGAAACAUUAAAAAUGUACUAAUUUUUUAAUAGCUGAAGAAUUAAAAAUUUUGUAUUAACCUGUUGAUUUUCGUAAUUCACAAAUAUGAGAAAAGAGAUUAUUAUUUAUAGUAUAUUUUUAUUAAUUUAUGUGAAUGCGAAUAGCGAUAUAAAAUCAAAGAAAAAAAAAUCGUGGCGAGAUAAAGACAUACGGGACAUGACUGAUGCGGAUUUGGAACACUUGUUAGAUCAGUGGGAGGAAAAUGAAGAACCUUUGGAACCAGAUGAAUUACCAGAACAUCUUAGACCCAGUCCGAAAAUUGAAUUAUCAAAGCUUAAUAUGUCAGAUUCUGAUAAUGUACUAAAAGUAACAAAGAAAGGUAAAAGUGUAAUGAUGUUUGUGGAUACCAACGAAGAUAUGUCAAAUGAAGAAGCAGAUACAAUAAUGCAAAUUUGGCAGACUAGUCUUCGAAAUAAUCAUAUUGUUACAGAGAGAUAUCCAAUUGAUUCAAAGAGAAGUGUAUUUUUAUUUUAUGAAGGUUCACAAGCUAUAGAUGCAAAAAAGUAUUUAUUACAGCAGCCUGAAUUAUCUCAUGUAACUCUUGAAGGCCAUACUUUUUUUAGAGAUUCAAAGAAACAGAAUGAAAAAAUGGCAAAAGUUAAUAAAAUAGCAGAUAAAGAAAAUAUUGACAAGGAUAACGAUAAGAAAAAAAUGGAAUUAUAA